AUGUGCGAUAUGCCGGUCCGCGACCGCACCAAGCUGGUCUCGAUAACCGGUCUUGCGGGCGUAGGAAUAGCAUUCCUGGUGUUCUGUUUGCGCAUUAUCGCCAGGCUCCCCUGUUGCGGAGGGCAGAUUGGCUGGGAUGACUGGGCUAUGGUGUUGACGAUGUGCUGCGUUAUUCCGCUAUCAGCAUUAUCUUGGGUCUUGGCGGACGAUGGGCUUGGCCUUGAUAUGUGGACGGUGCCAUUUGACAAGGUCACUCACAUUCUCUACGUUUACUUCUGGGAUGAAAUACUUUACCUCACCUCAGUCGGACUGACGAAGAUAUCGAUUCUCUGCUUCUACCUGCGUGUCUUUCCCCGCCGCGAGAUCAGGAGACUUAUAUUUGUGGCAAUCGGUCUCAACGUUUCCUACAUCUUCGUGUUCAACAUAAUCACCAUCUUCCAGUGUAAACCAGUCCAAGGCGCCUGGCUGCGCUGGGAUGAGGAGCAUGAGUUUAAAUGCAACAAUGUCAACGGGCAGGUAUGGUGUUCGGCAAUCUUCAACAUCAUUCUCGAUGUUAUCGUCAUGGCAUUGCCUCUACGAGAACUCUACAUGCUCAAUUUAUCCUGGAGGAAGAAGGCAUUCGUCAUGUGCAUGUUCUCUCUCGGAAUCUUCGUCACCCUGAUAAGCGUCAUCCGUCUUGACGCGCUGAUCGUCUUCGCCAACACCCAAAACCUCACCUGGGACUACGUGAAAGUGGGCUACUGGAGCACCAUUGAAGUCCAUGUCGGCGUGAUCUGCGCCUGUCUCCCUGCUCUGCGGUCCUUGUUCCGCCGUCUCUGGCCUUGUGCCUUUGGGGAUACGCAAACAGGCACGUCCCAGGGGCGCCGGACAAAGUCUACUGGGACAGGCUCCCGCAAUGCACUGAAACACGGGGACGAUCACUUUGUGCCGCUGGUGGAUAUGGCAAACGGCAACGGAAGCUCGAGCACGUAUAACAACGAGCACGAGCACAACCCGCGGUUCUAG